AUGCUCAUCCUAGCCAUCGUGGCCAACGCUGCGCUCGUCGUCGCUUCCGCGUCUGAGCACAACGCCAUCCACAAUGGCCCUCACGCUGUUGCGCGCCACGCUCGUCGCAGCAAGAAGUGCGCCACCACGGGCGCCUCCAAGUACGCUUCGGGUCACAAGAGCAGCAAAAAGUCCAAGAGCGGCAGCACAAACUCCAACGAUGCCAGCAACACUUCCAACGAGACUUCUCAAAAGGAUGCUCCCGUCUCUGGCACCAAGCCCAAGGGACUCAAGGGCAAGGCCGGUCUUUGCUGGCCCAACGGUAACAGCAUGGACUUUAACAACUUCAAGAUUGGCAACGUCAACUGGGCCUACACCUGGCAACCCACCAAGAUGGGCACAGACAUGGGCGACACGCUGUUCUGCUCCAUGCUGUGGGGACGAUCUGGAGCUGGAGCCAAGCUUAGCGAGUACAAGUCCAAGGUCACUGACAACCCCGAAGGCGGCGACAACGGCGACAAGUGCACCAUGGGUCCCAACGAGGUCAACCAAUCUGGUCAAGCCGACAUGAACCCCAGCGACACCUGCAGCUUGAUGCGUCAGUACCAGCUGGACCUCAAGAAGAAGCACGGUUACUACCUCAUCGGUCCUUCCACCACCUCUGCUCCCAACGGCAAGGACUGGUACGACCAAUUCAAAAAGGUCUGCCCUGACGUCUUUGAAGCCCUCGACGCCAUUUCGCUCCACUACUACGAUGUCAGCGCGAACAAGAUGCAAGAGUACAUCGAGGACUGGUACAAGAGCUACAACAAGCCAGUCUGGAUCACUGAAUACGCUUGCCAGAACUUUAACGGUGGCGCUCAAUGCUCCAAGGACCAAGUGUGGUCGUUCCAGCAACAGAUCGUGAGCUGGAUGGACAAGCAAGACUACGUCAAGGGAUACGCGCCCUUUGGAGCGAUGAAGAACCUGCAGGGCGUGUCGGAGGUCAAUCGCCUCUCCAACGGCAACAACGCCACUCCCCUGUUCAGGAUGAUUGCUGGCAUGUAA